CUUGUCUAGUAAGUUUGCAACCAGUUUUCCCAAAUACCAGUUAGUUAUUUGCUUACAAGGAAGAAGUGAUCCUGAAAGCAAAACCAAAACUCAGUAGGCUGGGCUUCAGUCCUUCCUAAGAAGUGAUUUGAAUCACAACUGAAGGGCAAUGACAUCUUUUCUCAAUGGAAUAUACUUCCAUUAUCUGAUGGCUUUUCACUGUCCAUCUUCCUGUGCCCCUGGACCAGCUAGAAGUAGUCCUGGCUUGGGUCUACUGGUUGUUGCAGUGGUCUAGGCAGCAACCUGGGGUUUUUGUUUUCUUUUCUUUUGGCUGUUUGUUUUGCUGGCUUCUAUGAAGGAAUCUGAUGCAAAGAGCAACUUCUAUUGUUUUUUUGUUUGUUUCUUUGCCUGAGGAGCAAGUGCCAAGUCCUGAUGAGUGAACAAAUCAUCAAGUCAUGAGACCAGCAAAACUACAGAAAGCAAAGCAUCAGAAGGGCCUGAGACUUUCAAUUGUCUGUUUCAGAUCCGGUAGAGAACAUGUUCCUCCUCCUGCUAAUUUUGAGCCUGGGAGUACAGCUUCAUCAGACAAGAGCUUUAUUCAGAGUGGUGAUCCCUAAGGAACUGUACACAGCGGAACACGGCAGCAAUGUGACCCUGGAGUGUGAUUUUUACUCUGACGAUGACCUGGAUGUUGAAUAUCUACAAGCCAGUUUGCAAAAGUUGGGAAACAAUAUGUCCUCGAACAGCACCACUUUGCUGAAGGAGCAGCUGCCCCUGGGGAAGGCCUUAUUCCACUUCCCCCGAGUCCAGCUGAGCGAUGCGGGGAAGUACCGCUGCGUGAUCAUCUAUAGGAGCUCCUGGGACUACAAGUACCUGACUCUAAAAGUCAAAGCUUCCUACAAGAAAAUAAACACUCGCAUCCUUCAAGUUCCAGGGACAGAUGAGGUAGAGCUCACCUGCCAGGCUGAAGGGUACCCCCUGGCAGAAGUCUCCUGGCCGAAUAUCAGUUUUUCUGCCAACACUAGCCACAUGGAGACCGCUGACGGCCUCUACCGGGUCACGAGUAUCCUGCGCCUAAAGCUGCUCCCUGGCAGAAACUUCACCUGUGAGUUCUGGAACGCUGAUGUGAAGGAACUUACUUCUGCCAUCAUUGACCCUCAAGGUGAGAUGGAACCCGAGGUCCCUUCAACUUGGCUGCUUCAUAUUAUCAUCCCUUCCUUCGUCAUUGCUUUAAUAUUCAUAGUUACAAUGAUAAUCCUGAAAAAACAACUCUGCCAAAAGCUUUCUUCAAGAAAAGGUAGAUUUGAACACGCGAUCUCGGGAGCUGGGGUGACUUGAUGGGACAUCCUCAAGAAGCCUCUGGACUCUGAACAAGAAUCCCUUAGCCCACAAGGCUUGUUUGUACUUUUCAAAUGGCCGUACACAACCCAGCACUUUAACCAGGAGACUACAACAAGGCUAAGCAGCUCCUGGCCACCAUGUGCUCAGAGGAAGGCAGGCAGCCCACCCCUUCACCCAUCCGCUCUCACCUCUACAGCCUGUGACUGAGCAAGCACUAUUGCACUUUAGAAAAUGACCACAUUGGAUCCUGGACCCCAGUUCAUGUCCCGAGGCUCCUUCUUGCUGUCAGAGUAAAAACAAAGGGAAUUAUUUCUCCCUAAGUUUUCAAAAACUUCCCAGAGCAGAGAUGAAUGGAAAUCUUUAGCUGCAGAAAUGGACAGAUUGCCAGUAAUUUUUAUCUAUAGGAAAAGACUAUUGAAACUAUCAGCUCACAGACAGGGCUUUCUACAAAGUCAAGCCAUAAAUGACGCACUUUAGGGCUUACUGGAAUCAUGAAAGCAUUUAAGUCAUUCUAAUCAACAGGAAGCAUUUAAGUACACAGUGGCCAACUACAAAUCAUGGAGAAAAGUCAUUGAGUAUUUUUUUGAGGUCUGAAUCACAAAGCAUUUAUUUUAUCUGUAAUUACAUCAUGUUGAGUGGUAGUUUUGUUGUUAUUUUAACUACAUCUUUCCUUCCAAACAGUCUGUUGGAUUAUUGUUGGUUUUUAACCUUGUUGGAAAUCAAUGAUAUACAUUUAAAAUUUCUGGCAUGCUAAUAUGCUGUGCCUAAAAAGAUUUCAGAUGAGUAGCCAUAUGGUCAAACCACCAAAGGGAGGCUCAUUUCCUGGGUCUCUAUAUGACUUUAACUUACCCUUUCAGUGGCUCAGUUUCUAUGUCUGGGAUAUGGUGAUACCCAUUAAUCAAGGCCUUUGAUUAUUGGCACUAUAGAAAUCCUGUGGAUUCCAAUGUGUAUGUCAAUGGGGAGGAUGACUAGACACACCAACAAUAGUUUCAUCAUGUUAAAUUUGAUCUCUAUGCCAGGGCCAUGAAGCUCAGAGCAUUAGUUGACCCAGGAACUAUCCAAAUGUGUAUAUUAGCAAGUAUAACAGUGUCUUAGGGCCUAAAGCAAGCUCUUGAACUGGUGCUCAGGCUAAGGAGAAUUUGGAGUUAAUGAAAAUGAAGGGGUGUGAAGAUGAGUAACAGACAAAUCAUAUAAUACCUAAAUUCCUCCACUCCCUGUCUUUAGAAAUCAAAGAAUGCCUUUGAAGAAUGAAACUCAAUUGUUCAUUCUUCGAAGUAUUCCAGAUAUUCUAAUUUUGGCUAAGUGCCCAUCCAGGGCCCAUCCAAGUCAGUAAGUUUAAUAUUCAUCAGGCCAGUUGGCUCCCAGAGGUUUGAAAGCCUUUCAUUUGGCUGCCCUCUUCAGAAGGGAGGGGUCCCAGUGCUGUUUGCCAGGUCCUCUGGGUUGGUCUGGGGUCCCUGUUUGAGGAGCAGUACCUCCUAAUGUUGUGGAGAUCAGGGCAGGCAGAUAAGGCCUUCCACUGGGGAAGCAAGCCCACCUAUUCUGAAUCCCCACCUGCCCUCAGAUAUGUGGUUUGCAUGCUAAAUCCUUGGUUGGUGGUGUUUAACUUAGGAACCCAGUUGCAUAAUGGUUUCUGUCAAAAUACUGCCAUCUUUGGUCCUAGAUUUGAGCUAUUCUCCAGAAUACCAAAUAGUGAGAGGGAUCCCCAGUUCCAGUAACCCAAAAUUCAGGCUUCUUCAGGAAAGAAGACCAUAAGGCAGUAUGAUAUAUGUUCUAUACUACAGCAUCUAUAAUAAUAAAAG